AUGGGGACGCCGGCGAAGCCAUGGAAGGCGGAGUACGCGAAGUCGUCGAGGGCGUCCUGCAAGUCCUGCAAGAGCGCCAUAGUGAAGGAUGCGCUGCGGCUGGGGAAGAUGGUCCAGGCCGUCCAGUUCGACGGCUUCAUGCCGGUAAACAGCGACGUUGAUCCCUCUUCCUUGAGCGCUUCCUCUCUCCCUCUCUCCCUCUCUCCCUCUCUCCCGUUACCUUCUUCUUCCGCGUCUUCUGGCAUUCGGUUGGGGAUUUGCCGCUUUGGUUUACGGAAGGCCCGUCCCUGAUUUCCGCGCAGCGGUGUUGCUUGUCGCUGUGGCGGUGGCCUCGUCUAGUCUGCGCGGUCUGUUGAGUUUAAAGCUCCUGCUCUUGUCUUGGCGAUUUUCUCCGUUUCGAGAUUCCAUCCGUGGUGCCUGUUCGAGAUUUUGUCCGUGUGGCCUACGAAAUGUAGGUUAUGCAUUUCGAGCAGCCGUAUUUCGUAAUAUUCGAUUUUUUCAGGAAUCUUACGUUCGAGACUUCCUGGGAUUUUUCUGGUUUUUCUUUCUCUCUUGGCCGCUUUCUUUGGUUCUUUGUUUCGUGAAAUGAUAUUCAACAAUGAAUGUAAACCACGUAACCGAUACCUCUUUAUUUCAUGGAAUUGAGUCUACAAUACGGCAAUAGAAGCAGCCACACGAGAAAUAAAUGGAAGUAGUACUAAAUGAUGGAGGGACCUCAAAUUAUCCAGCUCCUCUUUUUAAAUGACCGUGCACGAAUAUCCGGGAAUCUCAACGACUCUCGUCAUUAAUGAAUUGUUUGGGGCCCUAGCCGUCCAUUGUCCUUCUCGUGUAUACCCCGCUGUGGCCAGCGUGCACACAUCAUGAUUUGCCAGAGGAGCUAAUAGCUCAGCGUACGGAAGAAGCAUGUAAUUGUUUUUUGUCCUUUUUAAAUUGAUCAAAUGAUUAUAUCGACGAAAUUGGAGUACGAAAAGUUCAUAAUCGCUCCCAUAAUAAAUUCAAGGAAAGAUCAUAGAACAAAUAUCAGUUGCAUUUUCCACAAUUGGAUGGGUGUAGAUGUUUUUGUAAUAAUGAAAGCAAUAUUCUAAAGGAAAUGCCAUUUGAUUGCGUUGACUCUUUAUUUAGAUAUCAACCUUAUUCAAAAUAUAUAUAUACAUUGUCUUACUACCGCUCAGGUAGCCACGAAAAGUCACUACAAAGAACAUUUUUAUCAUCAAACAUUAAUCACGAAUAAAAAUUCUGAUUUUUUAAUGGCCACAUAAUUUUCGUCAUCUUUGAGCAAAAAAAAUUACAUCAUCUAAAGUAUUUCGUUCUCUGUCGAAAAAGAUCUCCAAAUAUGAUUUUUAAUAAAGAUGAGAAAAUAGUGAUAAACUGCUUGAUAGUGCUUCACAAAUUAUAACGUUUAUUUUCCGGAGUAGUAAUUUGUUAUGCCUAAAUUUUGACAUGUUUUGCACAUUUUCAUCUCAACAUUCCUAGACUGUGUCAAAUAGACCCGCUAAAUUCUCUACUGGUUCAUAGACUAAACCUUGGUAACUUUAGGAAUUCUAAUGCAUUUUUUUGUGGUGAUUUGAUGCAUUAAUCUUGAAGUUUUUUUUCGAACGUUGGCUCAUUUUAGGCGUUCUUACUUUUCUCAUGUAGGAUGAACUCGAAAAAACAACUUUUUUUGGCCUGAUUUUCACUUGGAUUUUCUUCCAGAAGACUAUUAUACGUUGUACAGACAAUAAAUAGUUGGUACGUUAAUGUUCUUGAGUUCAAAGAUAACAUAUAUAAGAUGAAAAUUUGUCAACAUCAAAGGAUAUGACGGAAGGUUUCUGCUGUUGUUUUAUUCGGCUGCAGUAUGGUUUCAUACCCUAAUAUCUUAUUUCUAUCAUUAGAACAAUUGAUCACUUUCAACUGCUGAAAAAAAUCAAUGAUUUGUCCAUGACAUUAUGCCAUUUGCAUUCAGGUUAUAGUUAUUUAAUGUCCGUUCGUAAAUAUUUAGACAGAAAUUAUUCAUUCUCUUUGUUUUUUUUGUUGUACUAAACACAUCUUCUCCUGAAUCAGUUGUGGAAUCAUGCCAGUUGCAUCUUCAAGAAAGCAAACCAGAUCAAAUCGUAUGCAUCUAAGCUACUAUUUCUUUUUGAGUCUGUUAUUGACAUGAUCUAAUCCUUAGCUUUUCUUGAUUACUACUUCCCAAACUUCCAUAUAAUGUUUAACCGGUGUGACCAAAGAAGGGUUCAUAUUUCACUGAUACUGAUAGAUAAGAGCUUCGUGUCUUCCAGCAUUGAGGAUGUUGAAGGUGUUGACUUGCUGCGGUGGGAGGAUCAACAGAAGAUAAGGACGUAUGUGGAGGGAGGAGACCAAGAAAGAACUGCGGUCGCUGAGAAGGAAUCUGCAAUUGAGAUCUCCCCAAGUUCUAGGGCUGCUUGCAGGAAAUGCAAUGAUAAGAUUAUCAAGGGAACGGUUGGCUUUCUCCCAUUCCCCUGAAAUGUUUUUCUCUUUUGUUCAGUAAAAUCGUCCAAUUUCUUUCUUUACACAGCAUCUCAUCUGUGUUCUGAUAUUUGCACUACAAAUAUCGAAAAUGAUAAAGUCGAUAAUCAUUUAAACCUGAACGUCGUCCCAAAGAUUCUAAAUCUUCUCACGUUGUUCAUCCAAAUCAUUUCCGUUUUAAGGAAAUAUUUCAUUUUGUUUGUCUCAUUAUGGAUUUUUUGAUUGGCGGCUAAAAAUCUGGAUGAAGCCUUCUCAGUAAAAUGUUUUUGGUGUCUUGUGUCAGGUCCGUGUAUCAACCAAGCCUGAUGGACAAGGUGCCAAGGGUCUAAUGUAUUAUCACAAAAAAUGUUUUAUUGAUAUGUUCCCGUCCUUCCAGCCAGAAAAAUUGUCCGGGUGGAACAACCUUCCCAUUCAUGACAAAGACGAAGUUUCUGUCCUAGCCGAUAACCUUGAAGCUACCAACAAACGAGGUAUCUCAUUCAGUCAUCCUUUAAAGACCCUAGAUGUGAUAAUCCAAUUUAUGAAUCUUCUUCUGACUUUGGGUGUUUCAUGCUCUGAAAGUUGAAGUAAAAGGUAAAGGCGGCCUACAACAGGUUGCUUCUGAAGGGACUAAACGUAGAAGAGCUGUGAAUGAUGAUAAUGAAAGUAAAAUUUCUAAAACUGAGGAAAGGAUUGCACCUCGUGGAGCAGCGAGCAGAAGCAGGGCUGGUGCAUUAGAGCAACUGGAGUCAAGUAGUAGUAACUUUGAGAGUAGACUCGAACAACAGAGCAAUGCAUUAUGGGCCAUAAAAGAUGAACUUAAGAGGCACGUGUCAAGUGCAGAGCUGCGGGAGAUGCUUGAAGCUAAUGAGCAGGAUUCAGCAGGGUCAGAAUACGAUCUACGGGAACGAUGGUAACUUCGUAACUGAAAUUCUAUGAUUCUUAAUACCUGUCUUACCUUCUUUUCUUUUUUUUUUUUGCGAACUUUUUGGUGGUUUAGAUUGUCCAUGAUUUUGGUAAUUUCUCGUGCUGACUAGGAUUUUUUUGGGUUUUCUGAAUAUAUAAAUAAAAUUUCUUACAAUCAUCCAUUUAAAUCUUGAAAAUGUAAGAACAAUGUGGAGGGAGGAAAAGAGAGGGAGAGAGUCGGGAGUUCCUUGACUUGGUGUGGGGCGGUUUGUUUCGUAGACUCAGGGGACAGUUCUAAUUGAGGAUCAUACUGCUUUUUCAGAAUUAGUACACCAAUGUUGUUCAGAGUAAAAAGGGAAGAACUGAUGGAUCUGCCUCCAGAAAUUUUAUAUUCCCUUGCAUUUCUUCCGCUUCAUCAGUGUCCAGAAACAUGCCUCAGCGUCAUUCUGGGGGUCCCUAGAUUCUUCCCUUUGCUCUGUUCAUUCAACUUUUUAUUAUUUUCCUUUUAUUAACCUACCAUUUUUCUUAGAGUUUUUUGUUUAUAAUUCGUAAUUGGUUUUUACGUCCUUUUGACUCAGGAAUCUUCUCACUUAAUCUUUAUGUUGAUUGUCCUCAGAUUAGGCAGCCGCAGGAUCUUGAAUAAUUCUUUAUUAUGGAAGAAUGCUGAAGUAUGGGUGUUUGCAGCACCUGCCAUAGUUUCAUUUAGAUAAAAGUUUUUGUCUUUUCUGUUUACCUGUUUAUUCCAUAUUAUUUUUUUUCUUUAUUUUUUUUUCUGCGGUUCAACAUUGAUUGAAAACCGUCAAUUAUUUAUAGUAGGUAACUGUAGGUUUCAUCCUUGCCUUUUUGGUUCACCAUUUCUAAUUGCCUUCUUUUUCGGUCAAGUGCUGAUGGAAUGCUGUUUGGGGCGUUGGCUAAGUGUCCACUCUGUUCUGGUUCUCUCUACUACUCUAGUGGCCAGUACUACUGUCAUGGUUAUAUAUCAGCAUGGAGCAAGUGUUCAUAUUCGACUGCUCAACCUGUUCGUCUUAAAGCAAAAUGGAAGGUACCAGAAGAAACUAGCAACCAGUAUCUUGUAAAGGUAAAGGAGUUGUUAUUUCAUGAGGAAAUGCAACAGUUUUCGAAUCUCAGUAAACUUUCUGGACCUCAAUGUAUGCAGUGGUUCAGAACCCAGAAGGUCAAAAAGCCUGAAAGACUUCUUCCUCAAUCUUCUAAAAAAGCUUCUAUGGAUCAGUUCGCUGACAGGUCAUCUGAAACGUCUAAUGUGGAAGGGUUAAGGAACUUGAAAGUUGCAUUGACUGGAAAGUUAAAAGAUACCAUGGUGUGCAUUACAACCUACUCGGAUAGAAUGCUUCUAGUAGCAUCUGACACUUUUAAUCAUUAUUUUUUAAGAUGGAAUGGAGUAGAUAACAUAAAUAUUUUUUCUCCAGGAGGAUUGGAAGAAGAAACUUGCAAGUGUGGGGGGAGAUGUUCUCUCCAAGAUCAGCAAAGGUACCUAUUCUUCCUCUCUUUAAAUUCUAUCCGCACUAAUCCGUUGAGAGAGUAGGUUGGUUCGUGUCACUAUCAGCCCACUUCACUUCCCAUAGUUUUUCUCAAUCAUUCUGGAGUAGUGUUGGUUGAUUUUUACUUGCCAGUAAAUUAAAAAUAAAAUGGAAAUACAUUCAGACAUAUUUAAAGACACAAGAUUAUUCCAAAUAGGACUUAUUACAGGCUUUUCUGCACCGUAGGGACUAACUGUUUGGUCGUGAGUGAAGAAGUAGACGAUUCUGAUCCUGAAAUCAGGAAAGCUCGGUGAGUACUUUUUUUUUGAAGUCCCAUGAUCGUUUAAGUUUCCUAGAGCAGAUUCUCUCUGUAUUAAAGUUGCCGUAAAGAUAUAUGUAUCCCCGCAGGAGGAUGAAGAUACCCAUUGUGAGGGAGGACUACUUAACAGACUGUAUCAGCAAGCAGAGAAAGCUGCCAUUUGAUGCGUACAAGGUUGAGUUAGGCAGCGAGACUCUGAAGAGUGGAACACUCACUGUCAAAGUGAAAGGGAGAAGUGCUGUCCAUGAGUCGUCUGGCCUGCAGGAUACCGGUCACAUUCUUGAGGAUGGGAAGAGCGUUUAUAACACAACCUUGAAUAUGUCUGAUCUUUCUACUGGGAUCAACAGGUAUCCUCGUCAUCAAUCCUCAGUUUAUCUGGGGAAUGGAGAUCGAUGAUGUUUUCAUUAUCAAAUCCCGAUGAUCUAAAAAUAAGGAUAUAUUGGUUAUUCCCAAAAAUAUCUUCCUUUAGUUAUAACUGACAUAGAUAAUGAAAUAUACAUUCAGUCAGUUGUUCACUCUAUUGUUCUUCUUCCAAAUUUGGCUGAACUUAUACAGACUUGUGUUUUUUUAUGAAGCUAUUAUAUCCUCCAAGUCAUCGAAGAGGAUAAAGAUCUGGACUGUUAUGUUUUCCGGAAGUGGGGAAGAGUUGGAAAUGACAAGAUUGGUGGAAAAAAAAUUGAGCAGAUGUCAAAGUCUGAGGCCAUUGAUGAAUUCAAGCGUCUUUUUCUUGAGAAAACUGGCAACUCUUGGGAGACAUGGGAGCAGAAGCAUAAUUUCAUGAAGCAACCAGGGCGAUUUUUCCCACUAGACAUUGUAUGGCAUUCUCUUUUAUUAAUUGGUUACCUUAACUUUCUCUUAAGUGGCGCUUCCUCUUUAUCUUGCUCAUUAAAUUUUUUUGAUGAAGGACUAUGGAGUCAAACAAGCGCCAAAAAGGAAAGACCCAAACAAUACAAAGAGCUUGCUGGCUCCGCAGUUGGUGGCAUUAAUGAAGAUGCUUUUUGACAUUGAGACAUACAGGUUCCCUCUUUGCUAUUGUCAAGUCUAACUUUAUAUUUGCCUGGUAAAUGCGAUGCAAGGCUGGUUUCCCUUUCUUACUGGUCUCCCUUUCUUAGGGCUGCCAUGAUGGAGUUCGAAAUCAAUAUGUCUGAAAUGCCACUCGGAAAACUAAGCAAAGAGAACAUUCAGAAAGGUAACUUCUUCACAAUGGCAUCACCUUUCCUAAUGUAUCUGUCUAAUUAAUGCCAGCAAGUGGGCAAUUCGAAGGUAUAAUUAAUUUUGAUUAUAUAUGUUGUGGAUGCUCGAACCAACGAUUUAAUGGUUUUUCCCCCCGGUGAAUUUCUCAGGUUUUGAAGCGCUAACAGAGAUACAGAAUCUGUUAACCAAUUCUGAAAACUUCGAAACAUCUAUUAUGAAGAGCAUGAUCAUUGAUGCCAGUAACCGUUUCUUCACUUUGAUUCCUUCUAUUCACCCCCGUGCUAUUAUGGAUCUGGAAGAUUUUCAAGCAAAGGUAACUUGGCACUUUCUUUUAUUUGUUAAUUUUUGCUUCUACUCUCGUGCUAUUAUGGAUCUGGAAGAUUUUCAAUCUAAGGACUUGGCACUAUUUUUAUUAUUAUUUUAGUUAUGCUUCUUCUCUCGAGAUUCUGAUCAGAAAUUGUUCCGACACCAUGGGACGAAGUAAUUAUUGGAGAUUAUAUAAAAUAUAUCAAAUGUUUUUUUGUUUCCAUUUAGUGUCUGCAAGACAAACUUAGGUUGUGAUCCUCUGGGAGAAAUAUUUCACCUGUGGAAGAAACUUAACUGGAUAAACCUUAUAUGAUGGGAUGAUCUUAGGUGAAAAUGUUGGAGGCUCUGCAAGAUAUUGAAAUAGCCGCUAGAUUAGUCGGCUUUGAUACUGAAGAUGGCGAGUCCCUGGAUGACAAGUACAAGAAACUUCACUGCAACAUUGCUCCAUUGGACCACGACAGUGAAGAUUACAAGCUGGUGGAGAAGUACCUCCUCAACACCCACGCUCCCACGCACAAAGUAUGAAUCUCUCGAAGUUUAUCUUAGAUUUCUCGUUCAUAAUUUUGGUCAGCCUCCCGUGAUUUAAUGCUCUUGUUCGACGACCAUCUCAGGAUUGGAAACUCGAGUUGGAAGACGUUUUUGCCCUUGACAGAGAAGGAGAGUGUGAUAGAUAUACGUCCUUCAGAGACAAACUGCAGAAUAAGAUGCUCCUGUGGCAUGGUAAAGCAGCAACUGCCUUCCUUUGCCCGAUCCUCUCUAAGAAUUUUUCUAUUUCAGGAAAGAAUCCCAUCCCAGGCUCCCCAUUACAGUCCUUAUUUUUUUGCGUAAAAUGGAAAGUCUUCAUGUUCUUCAUUUAGUCUUUGGUCUAGACUGUCUCAUUUGAACCGGGUUUGCAAUAGUGAUGAAGAAACGGGAAUUUUCCUCAUCAUUAUUUAUUUUUGGUUUCCAAGAAUUUAAUUUCGGCUGUAAAUUUGUGUUCUCAGGCUCCCGGGUGACAAAUUUUGUGGGUAUCCUCAGUCAAGGGCUGAGAAUUGCACCUCCUGAAGCUCCGGCAACUGGCUAUAUGGUCUCUGCCUCCUUUCUAUCUCCUCCCUUCUGCUUCAAUCAUCGGCUAAUUAUGUACAGUUCGGGAAUGUCAAUGGUGAGCAUAUCUUGGCUGGUUUUCUAUUCGUGGGUUUUGUAGUUCGGCAAGGGGAUAUACUUUGCAGACCUCGUCAGCAAGAGCGCCCAGUACUGCUUCGUGGACAGGAAGAACCCCGUGGGGCUAUUGCUUCUUAGUGAGGUUGCUUUAGGGGAGAUCUAUGAACUCAAGAAGGCCUCGGUGAGUGGGAGAGUCGAUCAACCUCUCUGAGCCUCCAGAUUUUUUUUACAUUGCACGUGAUUAUUGUCCAUUUUUGGCGUUUUUUUCUCUCUCUAGACAUUGAUCGAAUCAGGGUUUUUGCGUUUUUAAGUUUUAUUAUGAUGAGCAUGGUUGGGAUAAUCGGCGAGCUCUGAAGAUUUGCGUUGUGGGCUUCAGUACAUGGAGCGGCCUCCGGAGGGGAAGAACUCGACCAAGGGAUUGGGGAAGACGACGCCUGAGAAGUCAGAGUUCGUCCAGUGGAGGGAUCGGGUGGCUGUACCAUGCGGUAGACCAGUUCCCUCGUCCGUUCGGGCUUCGGAGCUGCUGUACAACGAGUACAUCGUCUACGACACUGCUCAGGUCAGUGGGAACACAACUCUCUCUCUCUCCCCCCCCGUCUCAACUUCUUUCCUUCUUCGCAGGUGAAGAUGCAAUUUUUGGUGAAGGUGAGGUUUCAUCACAAGAGGUGA